AGUUUGGUAGCCUAGAACAAAAACUUGCUUUGGCAGAACGUAUUCGUGGCCACGUUCUCUCCCUGGCUUUGCAAAUGUACGGCUGCAGAGUUAUACAGAAGGCCCUUGAGUUUAUCCUCCAGACCAGCAGGUAAUUAAUGAGAUGGUCCGAGAACUGGAUGGCCAUGUGCUCAAAUGUGUGAAAGACCAGAAUGGGAACCAUGUUGUGCAAAAGUGCAUUGAGUGUGUACAGCCCCAAUCACUUCAGUUCAUCAUUGAUGCAUUUAAAGGGCAGGUGUUUGCCUUGUCUACUCAUCCGUAUGGCUGCCGUGUCAUUCAGAGGAUUCUUGAGCACUGUCUUCCAGAGCAGACUCUACCCAUCCUGGAAGAGCUUCACCAACACACGGAACAGCUUGUGCAGGAUCAGUAUGGGAACUAUGUCAUCCAGCAUGUACUUGAACAUGGACGACCUGAAGAUAAAAGCAAGAUAGUAGGAGAAAUUAGAGGCAAUGUACUUGUACUAAGUCAACAUAAAUUUGCCAGCAAUGUCGUGGAAAAAUGUGUUACACAUGCUUCCCGCACUGAACGUGCCAUGCUGAUUGAUGAGGUGUGUACUAUGAAUGAUGGCCCUCACAGUGCCUUAUACACCAUGAUGAAAGAUCAGUAUGCCAACUAUGUGGUACAGAAAAUGAUUGAUGUGGCAGAGCCAGCACAAAGAAAAAUUGUCAUGCACAAGAUCCGGCCACACAUUGCCACUCUCCGCAAGUACACCUAUGGAAAACACAUCUUAGCCAAGCUAGAAAAGUAUUACAUGAAAAAUGGGGUUGACCUCGGGCCCAUCUGUGGACCACCAAAUGGUAUCAUUUGAAGCCAUGACCUACAGAAAAGAGCCAGUAACCAUCUGGAAUUUACAACCAGCAACCAAUCAUAUUCCAAUAUACAUUUUGAAAAUAUUCAUGGUUGCGCAACGUAGAUCUGGAACUACAAAAAAGAAAGAAAGGCAAAAAAGACCAUUUGUAAAUUUCUUUAAUUUUAUUCAGCAUAACAUGUACUAAUUAUUUUUUUAAAUGAUUAAUUGCCCUGCUGUCUCAGUGGUGUAUAGAAUUCUUGUACAUAGGCAACAGAUGUACAUGGAAAGCCACAUUUUGUCCACUGGUGUAACUAUUUCAGAUACUGGAACUUUCAAAGUGGCUAAUUUGAAAUUUAAAAAAAAAUAAAAUACCAUUUUAACUUCUCUAUCUUAAAGGAGAGCUUUUUGGAAACAACUGUUUUGUUCUCUUUUAGCCAGAACUCAAAAGAGAAGUUUAAAAUUUUAGUUAAAUUGCACAAAUCUUCAUUGAACACUGUUUAUACACUUUAAAAAAAAAUCAAAUUUGCUAAAGCUUCAAUUUAAAAUAAGUUUUUAAGUUUCAGAAACUUUUAAAAUUCCUUUUUCCUUGUAUAUUGUGCUAUAGGAUUGAACUUAGAAGUCAGUCUCGAGAGUGAACCUAUACACCAGGAGGUUUUUUAAAGUAGAUGGAAGGUGUGUGGGUUGCUGCCGACUCCAGUUCUGUUGACAAGGAGGCUUUUUUUUUUUUAAUUAUUAUUUAGCAUGUAGGGAGGAAGAAAAAAUCCAAUUCAACUUUGGUCUUGCUUCUAUAAAUAUAUAGUGUAUACUUGGUGUAGACUUUGCAUAUAUAAAAAUUUGUAGUAUUUUCUUGUUUUGAUGUCUAAUCUGUAUCUAUAAUGUACCCUAGUAGUGGAACAUACUUUUGAUUGUACAAUUGUACAUUUGUAAACCUCUGUAAUGUAAAUGUGGAAAAGUUUGAAUCAACAUAAACCCAUUUUUGGUAAGAAAAUAAAUUAGCAAACCCUGUGCAUUUCAGUGUAUAUUCACCCCUUUUAUGGUUGUAGUGUUGUAUAUUGUAAAUUGUAAUUUCAACCAGAAGUAAUUUUUUUUUCUUUUGAAGGAAAUGUUCUCUUUAUACAGCCUGGUUAAUGUUUAAAAGAAUGCUUGGUUUUUUUAUUUGUCACCUAGUUGAGAAAGUAGCAAUCCUUUCUAAAUGUUCUACACAAAUGAUUCAGUUCAAAAAUAGUGUUUUAUUUGACUUUUUUUUUUAAAAAAAAGUAACAUUUUACUUAUUUUGUGGCAGUAAAAAAAAAGUGGAGAAAAGUACCACUCCCCCCGUUAGUAUUCCUUUGCAAUCAGAGUCCCUCUUUCACCUUGUAAAGUGUGAAUCACUUUGCCUUUUUGUACAGAAGAUAAACUGUAUUUUGCAUUUUGUCUACUUGUAAGUGAAUGUAACAUACUGUCAAUUUUCCUUGUUUGAAUAUAGAAUUGUAACACUACACGGUGUACAUUUACAGAGCCUUGUGUAUAUUUCCAAUGAACCUUUUUGCAAGCACACUUGUAACCAUAUGUGUAUAAUUAACAAACCUGUGUAUGCUUAUGCCUGGGCAACUAUUUUUUGUAACUCUUGUGUAGAUUGUCUCUAAACAAUGUGUGACCUUUAUUUUGAAAAUACAGAACUUUGGAAUCUGG